AUGUCAGCUGUCCUCUUCCAGGAAUCUGUACUUCAAUCUGGUGAUCCUCUGCAGCCUUUGCUGUCUCAAGUGCCCUCUCCUGGCUCGCACUUAGCUAUCCCUGUUCUUUUUGACGCUCUCGUCCAGAAAUACCACCAAAACCGAUACUCCAUCUUCACCCAAGCAUCUAGUAGUAAAGUCGCACACGAUGUCUUUGUCGCCGGCAAGGAACGUGAGGCAGUCCGACUCGCCCUGGAACGUACCUUGGACAGAUUAAAUGGUGGUGACAUUACCGCUUGGCAGACCCGAUUUGCGCUUUGGAAGACCAUCGAACUGUGGGGUGGAUAUAUGGAGAGAGAACCUUCUUGGAGUCGAUUACUGGAUAUUGAGGCGCAGGCAACAAAGCAAGCGCUGAACUCUGGUGAUCCUUCUACUGUUGGGACUCUGCUUGGCACUUUGGUCAGCCUCGAGCGUCUCGAUCACGAUCAGGCCAAGCUGGGUCCGGAUGUAGUCCGCUGGUGCCUAGCUGUGAGUGAACCUGGUGGAGAAUUUUAA